AUGGGAGCCCUGAAUCCGCUCGACACAGUCGUGCCCUUUGAAGUAUCCUGUCGUCGGAGUCAUUCCGGUCCUGUUGUCGAUGAUCGGAUAGGGUUCUCCCAUCCGCCUGCUCAAGGCAAGUACCGCAAUGUUAACUCUUUCGAUUCUGCUGAUGGACCUUCGCUUUCUAGCACACACCAGUCAGUACAUACACAAAUACGUCAAUAUACUGAACUACACGCUUACUACCAGAACGUUGGUGGUAUAAACAGCCGUCUCAACGAGUAUCAACACGCGUGUUCGGAUGGCUGCUACGACAUCAUCGCUUUGACGGAGACCUGGGUCGACGACCGCACUCUCUCCAACCAAGUUUGCGGGCAGAACUAUGAAGUAUUCCGCACGGACCGAAAUCAUCUCAAUAGUACAAAAUCAUCAGGGGGUGGUGUUCUCAUAGCUGUCCACCGACGCCUAAAAGCUCACCUGAUUAGAGAAACCUCAUGGUCCUGUAUCGAACAAGUGUGGGUUUCGAUAAAACUGGAAGGUAGAAAGCUGUAUCUCUGCGUAGUUUAUAUUCCUCCUGAUCGUACUCGAGACGUUGCAUUGAUCGAUGCCCAAGUACAAUCGGUGUCGGUAAUAGUUUCACGUGCGCUUCCAGCUGACGAAAUUGUUGUACUUGAUGAUUUCAAUCUCCCAAAUUUAAAGUGGCAAAUUGGAUCUGGAAGAUUUUUGUACGCUGAUGCGACCCAGUCAACCUUCCAUGCUGGGACGAACGCCUUACUAGACGGGCACACCUAUAAUCUGCUUCAACAAAUCAAUUCUAUUACGAAUGAAAAUGUCCGCAUGCUUGAUCUUUGCUUCGUGAGCAAACCAGACGAAGCUCCGAUAUUAUCGGUAGCACCUGUGCCUAUGGUGAAAUCAGUACCUCAUCAUCCUCCACUUUACCUUACUAUGAAAACCAGUACGAACAGUUUCAGCAUCGUUCCUACCGCCGUCCACUAUGAUUUUAAAAGUGCUGACUUUAAUAGUAUGGUUGAUGUGCUUUUAGACAUUGAUUGGAGUGAAGUUUUGGACAAGGACGACGUCGAUGCUGCUGUCUUAUCCUACACGAACAUUAUGAGCUAUCUAAUCGACAGUAUUCAGCGGAAAUUCAAGAGCAAUCCUAAACUAUUCUGGAAAUACGUCGAUGAACAACGCAAGGAGUCUGGAUUACCAUCAUCUAUGUUUCACGAUGGACAUGAAGCGUCUGACACACAGGGAAUUUGCAAUCUCUUUUCAGCGAAGUUUUCUGGUACUUUCUCGAACGAGAAUCUGUCUCAAGACCAGCUCUCGAGAGCCACGAAAAGUGUCCCAAUACUGAACAGUUCGCUGUUCCGAAUCACCGUGAAUAACGAAAUGCUGAAAUCUGGUUUCAGCAAAUUGAAAUUCUCUAAUUCUGUCGGACCAGAUGGAGUCCCAGCAUCGGUCGUGAAAAAAUGCGCAGUAGGAUUAUUGUUUCCACUAUGCCAGUUGUUCAAUCUUUCUUUGACUAAGGGCAUCUUCCCAUUGCUUUGGAAGAAGGCUUACAUUUUUCCGGUUCAUAAGAAAGGCGAUAGAAGAAACAUCGACAACUACCGAGGAAUCUCUGCUCUGAACGCGGUUUCCAGACUAUUUGAACCUGUGGUCAUCGAAUCGAUUUUCGCUCACUGUAAGCAGUAUAUAUCUAUCGAUCAGCAUGGAUUCAUGCCGAAGCGAUCCACCUCAACGAAUCUGCUAUCGUUCACGACAUAUAUUGCUGACGGAAUGUUUAAUGGUGUGACCCAAACGGACGCUAUUUACACCGACCUUUCCGCCGCCUUCGACAAAAUAAACCACGAUAUUACAGUGCGCAAAUUGGACAAGCUAGGCUUCAGCGGCAAUGUUUUACAUUGGCUCACAUCAUACUUGAUCGGUCGCUCCCUCACGGUCAAAAUUGGCGAGUGCUUCUCCGCAGAAUUCUCUGCUACAUCAGGAAUACCUCAGGGGAGUCAUCUCGGCCCUCUGAUAUUUCUUAUUUACUUCAAUGACGUAAAUUUAGUGCUGGAGUGCCCUCAUCUUUCAUUCGUUGACGAUAUGGAGCUAUUUCUCCACGUUAAGUCGGAAGCUGACGCUUUAUUUCUCCAGCGACAAUUAGAAACUUUCCAAAAAUGGUGCGGGGAUAAUCGUAUGACGCUGAAUCCAAGCAAAUGUUCCACGAUUACUUUUACAAGAAGAAAAGAUCCUUUUCGUUACAAUUAUUCUCUUGACGAUGCUCCGCUAACUAAAUUCGACUGCGUGAAGGAUCUAGGAGUGUAUUUAGACUGCAAACUCAACUUCAAAAUACAUGUGAACUACGUAGUUGGGAAAGCUUCGCGUAGUCUUGGAUUCAUCAUGCGCACCGCGAGGGAUUUCACCGAUGUAUACUGCCUUAGAUCUAUGUUUAGUGCUUUAGUUCGCUCAAGCCUGGAAUACUGUUCAGUAAUUUGGAAUCCGCACUAUCUCAACGGAGUCAACAGGAUUGAAGCCGUACAAAAACGAUUCGUUCGAUUCGCCCUAAGACGAUUGCCCUGGAGUAAUCCACAUCAGUUACCUAGCUAUGAAAGUCGGUGCCAACUAAUGGGUCUUGAUACGCUACACGUGCGAAGGGAUGUGAAUCGCGCACUAUUUAUGUAUGACGUUUUAUUAGCUAGGACAGAAUGCCCAGUGAUAUUGGAGAACAUCAACCUUUCGAUUCAACCUCGAGCUCUACGGGACCACGCAUUCCUCCGAGUGCCCUUCCGUCGUACCAACCAUGGAUACAAUUCAGCACUGUUAGGCCUUCAACGUCUGUUCAACAGAGUGCUUUUGGAUGCUGGGAGACUGGGAGACGGAGAUAAAAUGAACCCAACCAGCGAUUCGUUCCAGCUCGCUGACGAAACGCCAGCGUGGGAUAAGCGAUUAAUCGAAUCCUAUCGGGGGAAGAUUGGUCCAAUUAGUUAA